GGCGGGCCCAUGUGGAAGCUCCACGCAUGCCGCGCCAAACCCUUCCUAUCACUACUGGUAAAAUGGUAGGUAAUAAAAAGCUUUGUAAAAGAUCGAUUUUAACAACUUUCUAUUAAACAAACGAAAAGGAUAGCGUAUGUAAAAGCAGAAAGGGGUUUGAAUCCUUCCUCUCGCCUGCUAUUCGUAUUCGUAUUCGUAUUUCUCUGCACCUCUUCCUUCGCCCUCGCCUUUGCCUUCGCCUUCGCAUACGCAAGAGGAUCUCCCCUCUGCUACAGUUGGUGAAGGAGAAUUCAUGGCUUCUAAGCGGAUUCUCAAGGAAUUGAAGGAUCUUCAGAAGGAUCCACCUACUUCGUGCAGCGCCGGUCCAGUAGCAGAUGAUAUGUUUCAUUGGCAAGCCACUAUAAUGGGUCCUCCUGAAAGUCCGUAUUCCGGAGGUGUAUUUCUCGUGACAAUCCACUUUCCUCCUGAUUAUCCAUUCAAGCCUCCGAAGGUUGCAUUUAGGACUAAGGUUUUCCAUCCAAACAUAAAUAGCAAUGGGAGUAUCUGCCUUGACAUCUUGAAGGAACAGUGGAGUCCUGCAUUGACAAUCUCCAAGGUGUUGCUUUCAAUUUGCUCUUUGCUGACUGAUCCAAACCCAGAUGAUCCUCUUGUACCAGAGAUUGCUCAUAUGUAUAAGACUGACAGGUCCAAAUAUGAGACAACUGCAAGGAGUUGGACUCAGAAGUAUGCAAUGAAUUAGUUGUUGCAAAAUAAAUACAACUUGAGCCACAAGUUGACAUUUCUGUGAAGUCUGACUUACUGCUUGUAAGGAAUGAUUCCUAGAGCUAAUUGCGUUUCUUCAAACAUAGUUUGAAUUGUAUGAUUCUGUUUUAUGAGAAUGCCAUUUUAUUAUUUUUCA